AUGGAGCUGGUGGACCCAUCACAGCGGGUGUACUUCUUCUACAAGAAAGACCCCGUCAAUGCCCUGGCAGAGAUCCUGAUGACUUCUCCUGAGCAGGACAGUCCAGUGGAUCCUCCUUCGUCCCUGGACUUCAUCUCUUCUCCUGACCUUGCGAGUCUGGUGCAGGACACACCUGAGGUUAUCCAAGAACCUCCUGCUCCAGAAACCCCAAACCUCAAGAACUUUAACAGUCCUUCAGAAACUGUCAGAACAGACCUGAAGACCAAAGACCUCAAAGCCGGAGCUAAAGAGGCAGCUAGAAGUCUCCAGGAAGAGCUGGGACCCAUCUCCUCAGCCCUGCUCCAGAGUGACUGGUUUGUGGAGGCAGCGGUGAGAAAUCUGAACAUCCAGCUGGAAGACUUCAGUGACGAGGACCGAGGCCGACGACCAGGACGCUUCUUCUCUCGAGUGUUUAAAAUGUUCAGGACCAGGAGGAGCAGAGUGUCGCCUGGUCCUCUGAGAGCAUACAUCAGAUCAGCGUCUUAA